AUGCAGCGGUGGGCUGCCAUUGCUUCUCAACUACCAGGAAGGACAGACAAUGAGAUCAAGAACUUAUGGAAUACUCACUUGAAGAAGCGCCUGCUUUGCAUGGGCAUUGACCCCCACACACAUGAACCCUCAUCCAACUCCAAUGGCCCCCUGAAUAGGCUGCCUGCAUCACCCUCGACCCGUCACAUGGCACAAUGGGAGAGUGCUAGGCUUGAAGCCGAGGCUCGUCUUUCAAGGGAGUCAUCCUUCUUGGCUUCACCCUCUGCUGGAAGAAUUGAUACUGAUUACUUUCUGCGCAUUUGGAAUUCUGAGAUUGGGGAAUCAUUUCGGAAGAUCAAGAAUGACAAAACUGCUUGCCAAAGUCCAGCCUCUCAGCUAUCUUCAUCCACAAAGUAUGGGUCGGUUUCAGGCACCACAACAGAAAUGGGACUCAUAGUAGCAGGUUCCUCUGCUGCAGGAAGCAACCAAAAUGAAGAUACAGAAUGCAAGAGCAGCAAAUUGUGCACUGAAGAUGUCACGGGAGGGUCAGAUUCGUCGAUUUCCAAUGAGUUGGACUUGGAGGAUUCAUCUGAAUCAGCGUUGCAACUGCUUCUGGAUUUCCCUGGCAACAAUGACAUGAGCUUCUUAGAAGAACAUACUGUUGACUAUGCAAUGUAUCAUGCUAUUUCAACAGAAAGCUCCUUAAAUUGCUCCAUCUGA